ACCGUUUUGUCAGAAAAACUUUUUUGUAUAAAUAGAGGAGGAGGUUUCAACAUAUUUUUUUUUUUAUUAUUAUUUUACAUCUUAAACAAUAAUAACUUAAUACAAACACAAUGGUUCUUUCUAUCCACUUUUCCAAAUUCUUCAAGAACACCUUCUCUCACAAAAAGGAAGAAGAAAGUACGAAAUCCACUGCUUCCUCUAUUCACACUAUCUAUGAAGUGAGUCCCAGUUAUACUAGAGAUCCUAUGCGUUGUGGUAAUCAUCCUGAUGUCGUUGGUCAAUACUAUGAUCCCAUGGGUGGUCGAUUUACUUUACAUCAAGGUCACGAUGCUACCAACACAGGUGCCUAAUUUCUCCCCUUGACUCCACAUGAACAACAACAACAAAAAAAAAAAAUUUUUUUUUCAUAUUUGAUCCCCAUCAAAACUAUACCCUAACCCCCCUAAUACUUUAUCCGAG